GCUUUCAAUAAACCAAACAUGCAGUGCUUCACCUGCUGGAGCACUUUCUGUUGUCAUAACGGUAAUAUUUGAGCUGCUGUUCUUGGCAAGAGGGGACUUGAAUUUGGCUCCCGUGCAGCUUGAAUCGAAUUGUGCCUACAUAAAGCAUUAAGCGUGUUUGGCGGAUGUAAUAGAUGUCCUCGAGCAGAGCAUUCUCCGCCGUGACCAAAGCAACGCUACAAGCAGAAAGCACAACAAGGGGCAAAGCAUGGCAAAGCCCUCGGCCAAAGGAGCUGAAGUCAGCUGAAACCCUGGCGCCCCCAGGUGGUUUGUGCUGAUCAUGUUGAGCCCGGAACAAAAGAGUCUCCUGCUUUUGUGUCGGAUGCAUAUCGAAGCCUGCUGAUGUAUAUUGAGUUGUUAUUGUGGAACAGUGCGGCACGAUUGGCUGUGCUUGAGAUGCAUUGCCUGCGUUGCAAGGGUUGUGCUUCAUGGGCUUUUGGAAGGUUUCAAGUGAAAGGCUGGGACUCAGGAAAUGGGCUUUGACGGCUCAAGCAAAGCCUGCUGGGUAGGAGCCAGACCUUCUUUAGGGCUUGAUGGCACUGGCUCUACCAUCUUCUAGGUGCUCCGCGCCGUUGGCAUGGAAUCCAGUUCGUGUGGCAGUUCGCAACGUUCAGCUAAAAGGCCGAUCCCUCAAAAAUAUUGCUUUGGGCGCAAUUCCGGUCCUGCCAUGGGUGACAUUGACCAAGAGAUAUGCCCUACGAGGAAAGACCAUUCGCCAAAAAGCUUUUGAAGACGAGCUGGGUGUCCAGCCCCCAUUGGGGUACUUCGAUCCGUUGGGCAUCAGCAAGGAUGGAGACUUUACUGAGUUCUACCGCCGUCGAGAGGCUGAGAUUAAGAAUGGCAGAGUUGCCAUGUAUGCAACCAUAGGCUACAUUGUUCCUGAAUAUUUCCGCUGGCCUGGUUACCUCUCACCAACAGAGGACCUCACCUUCGAAAACGUCCCAAACGGCCUCCAAGCUUUGCUCAAGGUCCCUCCUGAAGGCUGGCUUCAGAUCCUUGCUUGGUGUGGCAUGUAUGAGAUUCUGAUUAAUCAGCCAAAGCACCCCAGUGAGCCUGGCAACUACUACAAGGGACGGCUUGGCUUGCUGCCUGGAACGAUGAUUGUCGACCCUGAAAAGCGAAAGAGAUCCUUGAAUGCAGAGAUUGCCAAUGGGCGUCUUGCAAUGGUUGCCAUCUUUUGGAUGUGGAUCCAGGAUGGACUUCACGGAAAGGCAUGGGGCGAAUGGAACCCAUGAAGUGCGUGGCUACGUGAUGAAGACUAAACAGGUGUGAAGUUUCAGGUCCAGUGCUGGGCCUUGGUUUCAAGGGUGC